AUGUCUGAACACAACUAUACCAACAAUAAUCGCCUCGGCUAUGGUGAAGACGCCCAGUUUAUCUGCCCAAGGUGCUUCCAUAUGUCUACCUCUCGACCCACGGUCGUCAACGGCGAUAACUGCGGCUGUGUCGAGGCCGCCAUGAUGGGCAACGGCGGAGGCGGCGAUGGUGAUGGUGGUGGUGGUGGUGGUGGCCAGGAGGCUCAAGUUGAACGUCAACGAUACGCCGCUGGAGCGCCUUCUCCAGGAUACCAUUAUAGUCCUCUAUCCUACCCGUCCUCGUCCGGCUCGGUGCCCUGCCCAGAAGGCCCAGAAAACGCCGAGCCAAACAUUAACGUCACUGACAACACCGACAACACCGCCAACUACUACCUUCCUCUCGUUCCUCCAGUUGGGCUGAACGAAGCCGAGCAUCGCCACACCUUUUACUUCAACGCAAAUAUGUCAUACCAACUGCGGCGGUUCAUUCUGGACGAAGAAUGCUAUGAUGUUCCACCCUCCACCUCUCCUUCUCCACCUGGGCGGGGAGGGAACGGGUUCCUCCCGCAGGAUCCCUUUAUUCAGUCACAAACCUCCUUGAUGGUGGCUGAGAGCAGCAAGAGAAGCAAGCAGAGCAAGAAGAGCAUGAAGAGUUCUCGUAGUGGCGAUAUGGGCUAUAUUGGCUAUGGGGCUGAUCCUACUUCCAUGGUGGGAUCGUGGGAUGCCGAAGGAGGAGAGGGAUAUUAUGAUGGAGAGGGAUAUCCAAUGACUAUGAGCGGAAUUUUGGAAUAG